GACAGCGCUAUCAGCUGACUGUAGCUGUCAAGUCAAGUUCUAGUUCGUUCGUGGAACUCCAGAGACGUUCACCCCCUCCAGCCUUUAUGUGAUACGACCAAUCCAUGAUGGAUCUGAAAGACAUCAUCAGUUUCGAUAAAACGAUGUCAGCCCUCAAUGAAGAAGAGACUUCGGAUAGCGUUUUCGAAACCGCCCUCAAGGCGGCGAUCGAUCGCCUCAGCCCCGGAGAUGAAUCCAGACUUCCGUCUGAGCCGCGAAACCUUGACCAAUUGAUGUUCGGGAUCAUGGCGGUCCUCGUCGAAGCGUCAAAGUUUGGAGUGACAGAGAACACCUUAGAGCAAGAACUCAAGGAAAUCAGUGGAUUGAGCGAUUCGAAGCGGAUACGAGCGAUUGUCACCGCAUAUCGUGACAACGUCGCAUCUUUCCGUGCCAAGAUGAGAGGAAUCAGCCCGUGCUCAUUAGGGGAAAUAGUCGAUUCGGUUGCCUCCGUUAACUGUCGCUUGACGUCUACCGAAGUCGAAAAGUUGGACGGGGCUGGCUGCGUACUGAAACUCGCGACGUCCGAGGGCCACGACGACGUGCAGUUCCACUGCACCGUCUCGCAGUUGGAAGACCUCGAUUUGACGCUUCGGCAAGCGACGAAAGCGGUAGAGAAGCACGCGCAGCAGUAAUCGAAGCUUCCAGUUGUAUAUACGUCUGCCGAGAAUAAAACCUGAGAGAAUUC